CAGAAAUUUGAAGGUUUUUCGGUGAAACUCGUUUGCCGCAUCUCGGCAGGGAGGGUCGUCUCUGAUCGUAGCUGAUUUGUUUGUGGUUAUGUUUUGCCAGUUCUGCAUUGGGUAUGGUUAGUAUUUAGCGAAACAGUACGUUCUAUUUCCGAAUCCUUUUGAUUUUCCUUCACUCUUGCGUCAGAAUAAUGAACAAGUGAGUCGCCGCAUUUGUGUUCGGUGCAGUCGUAUUCUAUUAUUUUUAUGUUUGUGAACCUCUACGUACCGUUUUCUUCCAUGUAUCCAGCAAUGUAAUUUUCGAUUUUCCCGACGCUUUUGACCAUGACGAAUUCAUGAAUUCAAGUAUGUACAUCCUCAGUUUAGUAGAAAGCGACUUCAAAACGUUUUAAAAAGGUUACAGGAGUUUCCUCGUUAAUUUCUUGUUGCUCAAUGUGGAGCCUUCAUUACUUUUACUGGAAUGUGAAAUAUUGAGUUAACAUGUCCUUCCUCAAAGGUUCUUUGAACUAUGUUUGGUGCACCACUAGUGUUUUAGGGAAAGGCGCCACAGGUGCUGUGUACCAAGGUGUCAACAAACACAAUGGUGAGCCUGUUGCUGUGAAAACAUUCAACCAGCUCAGUCACAUGAGACCUCAAGAUGUUCAGAUGCGAGAGUUUGAAGUGUUGAAGAAAGUGAAGCAUGAAAACAUUGUCAAACUGCUGGCGAUCGAAGAAGAACAGUCGGACCAUAAAGGCAAGGUCAUUGUUAUGGAGUUAUGUACAGGUGGUAGCUUAUUUAAUAUCCUAGAUGACCCUGAAAACACUUAUGGUCUUCAAGAAGAGGAAUUUCUGUUAGUCUUGGAGCACUUGACUGCAGGGAUGAAACAUCUGCGAGACAAUAACCUUGUCCACAGGGAUCUCAAGCCUGGAAAUAUCAUGAAAUUUAUCUGUGAUGAUGGCAGAACUGUGUAUAAGCUUACUGAUUUUGGAGCAGCUAGAGAAUUGGAAGAGGAUCAGCAAUUUAUGUCCCUCUAUGGCACUGAGGAAUAUCUGCAUCCGGAUAUGUAUGAAAGAGCAGUUUUGCGGAAACCGGUUGGGAAAACAUUUGGGGCCACUGUUGAUCUCUGGUCUAUCGGUGUCACGCUCUACCAUGUUGCAACAGGAAAUCUGCCUUUCCGACCUUUCGGAGGAAGGAGGAAUAAGGAGACCAUGUACUACAUCACAACUAAGAAAGCUUCUGGUGUCAUAUCAGGUACACAAACAACAGAAAAAGGAUCAAUUGAUUGGAGUCGGGAGUUACCAGAAAAUUGUCAGCUCAGUUAUGGACUCAAGAAACUAGUCACACCAGUAUUAGCAGGU